GGCAGGCCAUGCUUUUACGAAGUCACCUUUCAGUGGAACUACCGACAUGGUUUUUAUCACAAUAAAUUUGUUUUCUGAGGGAAAACCAACGCCGCGAGAAAAAUGGCACCAUUUAUACGCGACGACAAGCCAUUGGUCUGGAACCAGUGGGCCCAGGACGAGUACCAGGACGAGUUCCUGGACCAGAACCUGGACCUGAACCCGAACGAAGAACCAAUCGCAGAGAACGGGAACUUCAAUGAAUUAUUAAAAUUAUAUCUGGACGUGUUAAAAGUCAGAGCCAGUGUGGAUCAAAAUCGCGUACAUCGCCUCCAUCAACGCUUUCCCGCUUACUCGAACCUCCUUACCGAGUUUGCAGAUGCCGUCUACCAUCAGCUAGUUCUCAUCAAUCAGGCGCAGACCGCGGAGAUUCUCGUGGAGCGCAACGACGUGGACCAGCAGAUCAUUCGACUGGUCCUUGAGAUCUGCGAAUUUGCUGACAGAUUCGUGAUAUAAUAAAUAAAAUCGAUGGUGUCUUUAAAAAUAAAAAAA